UUUGCAGCUACCUACUAUGGGCUCCAUGGAAGAAGAGCACACAUGUCCCAUGUGUCGUGACCUGAUUGGUCGAGCUCACCCCUUUCCCUGCGGCCACAGCCUUUGCCUGACCUGUGCCCAAGAGUCCUGGAGCCAGAGUGCCGGCUGUGGCAAGCGAAGAUUUGUAUGCCCACAAUGCCUGGAGGAGCAGGGAGUCGUGGUGUGUGACUGCUGUCCAGAAAACAAGGAUGAUGAGGCCCAAGCUGCAGUGAAGACCUGCCUGCGAUGUGAGAUCUCUCUGUGUGAGCAGCAUCUGCAGCCACACCUGCUGCGUCCUGCUUAUAGCACUCACCUGUUGGUGGAGCCAUUGAUGGACGAAUCCCACCGCAGGUGCCCUACCCAUUGGGAGAUAUUCCGGUAUUACUGCAUGGAUGAUAGGGAAUAUGUCUGCCCCGACUGCAUUGUGGAAGGGCGACAUGCUCAACACCAGGUCAAAGGGGUGAGAAAAGUGGAGGAGGAAUACAAAAUCAAAUUACAGAGACUGUUUGAGAAAGCAGAAGAGAAAGUAAAGCAAGGUGAAAUGAUGCUUCAAGAACAUCAACAAGCUUGUCGGAGCAUAAUAGAGGACUCCUCUGUGAGUGAUGUCUCUCAGGUUUUACAGAUGGGCUCAGCCCUGCAGGCUCAGGUGGGCCGACUAGUGUCAGCUGUGAUAAACAUAACGGAACAGGAGAGACAGCAGGCCAUGGAGAGGGUGAAGGAAGACUGCAGCAGGGUGAAAAAAGAUCUGAACCAAAUCGAGAGCAUCCACCACUUCCUCGGCUCCCUGCUGGACGAGAGCGAUCCCUUCCUGCUAAUCUGGGCAUUCCAGACAGAGGAUUCACAGAUGAUGGCAGAUCUCAACUCACCUCUGUUCACACCACUUCAGCCCAGCAUGGAUAAGAAACGUGUCUUAGAGAAUGUGGAAAAUAAAUAUAGAGAAUUCAUAGCUGAGACCCUGCGCUGCCUAAUUGAACUCAAGAGAGAUCUCUUAAGCAGUCCGUUAACCUUGGACAAAAACUCAGCCCAUCCUCUCUUAAAUAUUUCUGAAGACCUACGGACAGUGACGAGGGUCAAAACCCGCUUGCCUGUCCCUGAGCAUCCUGACCGCUUUGACCACUGGUCUCAGGUGGUCUCCUGUCAGAUAUUUUCUUCAGGAACCCAUUACUGGGAGCUGGAGGUGGAGGGUUUCUGGGAUAUAGCAGUGACCUACCACAGCAUUGGGAGAAAAUCAAAAGAGGGCACAGCCUUUGGCUGCAACAAGAUAUCCUGGAGCCUGACACAGCAGCAUGACAGGAAACUUGCUGCCUGGCAUAACCGAAAGAAAACCCACCUCUCCGCAAAAAUGUCUGGCAACCAUUUGGCAGUCACUCUGGACUAUGGUUCUGGCUCAAUCGCCUUUUCUGAAGUAGGAUCUUCAUCCACUCUGCUCCCUCUGUACAAUUUCAGUACCAGGUUCACCCAGCCCAUCUGCCUAGGAUUUGGCCUCUACAAACCAGAGCUGAACAGCAAGGUCACCAUCCUCAAGAAAAUAUAACUACAUCUACAGAAACAAGAAACCGACACUGCUGUCGAAACUUUUAUUUCAUAAAGAGUUACAUGUUUGUUUAGGGAUAUGUAAUGCUCUGGGUGAAAAAGCUGAAUUUAUUUUUCAAGAAUGAACAAAUAUUCAAAUUAACUGUCUAUGGUCAGUGUACUUUUUAUUAUUAUUUGGAGCAUUUGAAUUUUAGAUUAUAAUUUUCUUUUGUAAUCAGUGUCAUAACUUUAUCACAAGGUUUUUCAUCUGAAUGUUUUAACUGUAAGGGGAACUGAGAUCCAAUGCAUCUUUCUCCAUCGAUGGAUAUUCAAAAUGAGCAAAAUAUAAAUCUCAAAUAUUUAUCUUUAGUAUGAUACUUUGCCAGUGCCCAGUUUAUUUUUGUAGGAUAUUAAAUGCAUAAAAGUGCAAUUGACAAUGCAUUUAAAAAAUUUAAUAUUUUUUCUUGUCAGCAAAUAUUUUUUCAUAGGUUCCAACAUCCCUGCCAGCGUUUAUAGAACAGACGGCUACAUGAAAUUUGACAAAAUAUAACAAAGUUUAUUCUUUUUUUAUUUAUUGGUUUCAUUCCUUGAGAUGUAAAAAAAAGAAGUACUUUGUUUAUAUGAGAAAUCUGAUUUUUUUUUUUUUUUUUUUUACAGAUUUUCUUUUAUUGUAUUAUCCUUUGUGCCCUUUAAUGCUUGUGUACAAUGUGGAUCAGUCAUGUUUUUGGGACACUGGUUCAUGUUAUUGUUUCUGUUUUAUUCUAUAUGCUUUCUAUACUGACUGUUGGCUAUCAUUUACAGCUACAGAUCCCAGUUUGGCCAUGCUGUUUACAUCAGAGAUUACAUGGAUUAUUAGAGAAAGUGAGAGAGGGAGAGAGAGGUGGAGUGGAUGAGAAGGGGAGGAUCUUGGGAGACAGGAUGAGUAGGAAGAUCUGUAAGCUGUCAGAUUCAGUUUUUCUCUACAGAAGCUUUAACACUUUGCAUCAUUACACCUGGGAAACCGAGGGACAGCCCACUAAAUCAGGACUUUGCAUAUUGUUGCCGUUUUAGCGUGCCAAGGCACUGAGGACAGAGAGGAGGUUCAGCCAAUAAGCACAAGCACAGGAGAGAGGAUAGAGGAUCUGUGUAGGGGAGAGAGGUCCUGCAUGUUGUGGAACGUCAGGAGGGAAGUGAGAGCGUGUUAAAGACAGAUGGUCUCUCAGUGGAGUUGUUCUUUUUUCUCUCUCUUGUUCUCACUCGUUCCUGGAUGCUGCUCCCCUCAGCUGAACGGGAUCCAAAGUGUUACCUCAUGAUCUUCAUCCUUCACUGCUCCUCUUCCUCCUCCCCCACACAAGCAUACCUGUUGGCUUGCAGAGCUCUGUUAUCCUCUCUCUCUCUCUCUGUCUCCUUACAGGUUGGCUAUGAUGAUGGAUUUUUUUUUCAGGAUGAUGAGAAACCUCUAAGCGUCCUUGCCUUUUGUUCCCUACAGGCAAUUUAACAAGCACAGAAGUAGAUCUUCAUCAGGAAACUGUGACAGACAGGAGGGUGACAACAAAAUAGAUAGAGGGAGAGAGGGUAAAAGAGUAGGUGAGGGUGAAAGACAGAGCCAAGGAUUUAAAGGUCUAGAACUUUUACAGUAGCUCAUAACA